AUGAGGACCUUACAAGUGAUCAUGAUCUUCAUAUCUCUGCUGCUAGCUACUUCCUUGGUAGAGGCAGGCCGUCGUAGGAAGCACAAAACUAGUUCAGAGGAGCCUUCUGCGUCUACCAAAACAAAGACUAAAACUAAAUGGACUUCAUCCACCGAUUUGGCCGCCCAUACGCAUAAUGCCAUGGUUGCCUCUGAGGAACAUGGCUACUAUGUUAAACGCUCCUUCCUUCCACUCAGUGGGAGUUCCAAUUCCUCCUCACUGAAAAGUCCUCCUUUUUUGGCAGUGCCCAUUGCCUGGUUCCCUUGUCAAAGUGCUGACUGCAUGAAACUCAAUGCCAUUGCCAUAAAUUCCAAUAAAAACUCUUUGGCUGAAGGUUUCCUUUGUGAUGAUGACUGCCAGGGUCACUAUGAGCCCAUUUGUGGCAAAACCGUAACCGAAGUUGCUGUCUUCUACAACAAAUGUAAAUUAAAUGUGGCCAAAUGUAGAAGUCAUGGCUAUUGGUUGGAUCUUAGCUAUGAGGAAUGUAAGACACAAUAUCCUGAAGAAGUGAAAUAUGCUGAGAAAAAAUUCCGUUCCAAUCCAUUUUUCUGUGACAAUCCACAAACAAGUGAUAGCCAAAAAAAGCCCAGUGUUGUUUUGGAAGAGCUACAGCAAGCACAAACGGAAAAGCAAGUAGCCACUUUAUUACCCUUGGAACCAGUCACCGAGCCACAGGUUGAAAUUAAGGAAAUCCAUCAAAAUGAAGCUGAAGCAAAGCAAAAGGAAUCCAAAGAUCAUUAUGAGAAAGUUGAAAAUAUUCAAGGAGUGCUUGCGGGAAUUUUGUAA